GGCGAAAAAGAGCAGGGUGUUCGACACGAAUAUGAUGGCGUUCGACACGACCAAAAUCGCGUUCGACCGUGGCGGACAUGACGACCACCGUGCUCGUCACGACGGCCACCGUGUCCGACCCGACGACCAUCCCGGCCGACCCGACGACCAUCGUGUCGGACACGACGACCAUCGUCGACGAUCAUGUCGGACACGAAGACGUCCGUGCUCGAUACGAUGGCGUCGUGUUCGACACGACGACGGCCGUGUUCGAGACGACGACGGCCGUGUUCAACACGACGUCGGUCACGACGACGACCGUGCACGACAUGGCGACGAUCGUGUUCAACGAGCUGGAAACGAGGACGAGUGUGUUCGACACGACGACGGUCGUGUUCGACCCGACGACGAUCGUGUUUGAUACGGCGACAAUCGUGUUCGACACAACAAGGAUCGUGUUCGACACGACGACGACCGUGUUCGACCCGACGACGAUCGUGUUCGAUACGGCGACAAUCGUGUUCGACACAACAAGGAUCGUGUUCGACACGACGACCGUCGUGUUCGACACGACGACGACGGUGUCGGACUCGACGACGAUCUUGUUUGACACGAGACCAGCGUGUCGGACACGACGACGAUCGUGUUCGACACGACGACCAUAGUGUGCGACACGACGACGACCGUGUCGACCAUCGUGUUCAACACGACGACUAGUGCGGUGGAAGUGUUCGAGAAAACUUGUUGACGUCACCGAUAAACCAACACUAAACAC